GUAUAUGACGUGUAAAACUGUGAAAAUAACCUUGAAGAUUUCACAAAAUCAAUUAUUUUGUGAAGGAUGACAACAAUCACAAGACUUUAGAUUUAGAUAAUAACUAGCUUUAGGUUCUUGCGAGUCAUUCUAAAUCGUUAGUGAAGUUUACACAAUGGGUUUCAUCACAGGUAGGGCUCUACACUAUGUCUUCAAAAUCCCAGAUCGCAAGCAAACUGCUAUAUUUUAUCGCGAUAUUUUGGGUAUGAAAGUCUUGAGACAUGAGGAAUUUGCGGAUGGAUGUGAAGCUGUGUGCAAUGGUCCUUACGCAAACCGGUGGAGUAAAACUAUGGUCGGUUAUGGUCCUGAAUCGACUCAUUUUGCCAUCGAAUUAACUUACAAUUAUGGUAUAAAGUCCUAUGAAAUGGGCAAUGAUUACCGCGGUAUUACAAUACGCAGCAAAGAGGCCUUGCAACGUGCAAAAGAGAACAAGUGGCCUAUCUUAGACGGCAAUAUCCUAGAAGCACCAGGUGGUUACAAAUUCCAAAUAAUCGACGAACCCCAACCCACCAAUCGUGAUCCAGUUGUAAAAGUAACCUUGUCUUGUUCGAAUUUAACGAAAUCUAUCAACUACUGGAACGGCGUUUUGGGUUUGACGAUUUUCGGGAGGACCGACAAAAGUGUUUUGUUAGGUUUCAAAGAAAAUGAAGCUAAAUUGGAGUUGGAGGAGAUUGGAGGACCGGUUGAGAGAGCUAAAGCAUACGGACGUAUCGCUUUUGCUUGCCCCGCUCAAGAGCAGCCGAAAAUCGCUAAAAAAGUCGAGGAACAUAAACAUACCAUCUUUAAGCCUCUGAUGUCGCUGGAUACGCCAGGAAAGGCUACAGUUCAUGUGAUUAUUUUAUGCGAUCCUGAUGGACACGAAAUCUGUUUCGUGGAUGAGGAAGGGUUUACUCAACUAUCACAAGUGGAUCCAAAUAGUGAUAGGCUACUCGACCGUUAUAUCGCAAGAGAUAAAUCAUAAAUAUUGAGCUAUUAAUUUAAGGGUGGAAAGGUGAUAUUAUUACAAAAGUAUUUAUUCUUUCAUAUUAUAUUGUUAUAAAAAUAAAAUAUAUAAAGUUCCACAACAAAAAAAACCAUUUGACAACAACCCACUUAUCACAAUUUAUUCUUGAAAUCGGCGUUCCAAUGAACUAGUUCUCGCCACCAUUUCGGCCUACUCAUGGCAUGAGGUGACCGAAAGAUCGCCGAUUGUAGCCUUUGAUAAACCCGCCCAUCGGAAGCCCCCAAAACCGAAUUCAAGAUAAAAUCAGGAGGCGCUAUUACGUCAAUCAGAGAGACUGCAUCGUCUUUAAUCUCAUGACAAAGUGUUAAAACACCUUCAUGGAUUAAAUGAGUGGCUUUCGGGCCCUGGGUGUACCCCCCUUCAUACAAAGUUGCCAAAAACUUCUCUAGGCUCCACAACCCGUACAAAGAGAACAGUUUUGAAAGGAUUCUCUUAUUAUCAGCGUCGUUUGCUUGAUUUAUAACAACCAACAUUCGUUGCAAGAAGAAGUGCUACAAUGAAAUUCAAAUUAAUAGCUAUUAUGAGUGGCAUUUAUAAUUUUUUGUUCAAUGCCUUCAUACCUGAAUAAAGGCGAUUGCCAGGCUUUUUGC